GCUGGUACCGCAGUGUCCGCUGCGCUCAGUGCGCACCUCCGUCUGAGGCUGUGGAGCAGCAGGAGGAUGAGGAGGAACCGCACACACCUGACGUCAAAACAUCAGUAACUUGGUCCUUCUCUAAACACACACAAAAAAAACAAAGAGGUUUUCUGUGCAUUAUUCAUCCGACGAUAAAGGAAAUGAAACUGCAUCUCAAACUGAAUCCACUAGAUGGCGCGUUAUAUCAGGAAGUGACGAGGAACAUCUUUGAAGGUUGGACCUGUAGUGUCAGGGUCGAACCCAGAGGUCAAGCCGGAGUCGCUCUGACCUAAUCCCCUGCAUGUUCCGUAGAGAGCCUUGAGUAAUACAGCUUACCCCCGACGUCGUACUCAACGCUGGCGUCAUCCGUACCCUAACAGGUCAGUAACAGCUGACAGACCGAGGCUGAAGACAACCAUCCUGACGGCUAUAGUUAAACACCUGAACACACUGACAUUUCUCUGGUACAGAGGAGAGGAUUACCAGUCUACUACUACUGCAGCCAUGUGGUCUCCUGCUGAGGGUUUUCUUUUUUUUUUUAAACCCUUUGUCGUCCAAAAACAGCCAGCCAUCAGCUGAUUGCCUAACCAGAUUAGGAGACAGAAAUGACCUGCUUAAAUCCCAGUGAUGCACAGAGAGGAGCUGCUGCUAUAAAAGGCAGAUCAACAGUUGUGGAGCGCUGCGUGUUUCCACACUGACCACAGAGAGAAGACACCUGAGAGCAGGACAGCAGAGAAGAUUCUUCAGAGAUGGCAAAAGUUUUCAAGAAGACCAGUGGAAACGGAGGACUCACCCUCUACCUGGGGAAGAGAGACUACGUGGACGAUAUCUCCAAAGUGGAGCAAGUGGAUGGCGUCGUCAAGCUGGACAAAUCUGACUUUGGAGACAGGAAAGUGUUUGUGCAGUUGGCCUGUGCCUUCCGUUACGGCAGCGAUGACCUGGACGUGAUGGGUCUGUGCUUCAGGAAAGACAUCUGGAUCAACCACCACCAGCUCCACCCAGAGAACCACAAACCCGCCCUCAGCCCCAUGCAUGAAACCCUGAUGAAGAAGGCCGGCGACGGAGCCGUACCGUUCUCCUUCGACAUUCCCAUCAACCUUCCCUGCUCGGUUUCCCUGCAGCCCGGACCAGACGACAAGGGAAAGUCCUGUGGCGUUGACUUUGAGGUCAAAGUUUACCUCGCCAUGGACAAGGCUAACCCUGAUGAGAAGAUCUCAAAGAAGGACACUGCUCGCCUCAUCAUCCGCAAAGUUCAGUUCGCGCCCUCACAGGUGGGCGCCGGGCCCAAAGCGGAGAUCUGCAAGAGCUUCAUGAUGUCGGACAAACCCGUUCACCUCGAGGCCUCCAUGGAAAAAGAUCUCUACUUUCACGGCGAGUCAAUCCCGAUCAAAGUCAAAAUCAACAACGAGAGCAACAAAUCCGUGAAGAACAUCAAAAUCUCUGUGGACCAGACCACCGACAUCGUCCUGUACUCGGCGGACAAAUACACCAAGCCCGUUCUGAGUAAAGAAUUUGGAGUUUCAGUGGAACCUGGCAGCACCUAUGAGAACACUGUGGCCAUCACACCCUCACUGUCUGACAACAAGGAGAAACGAGGGCUGUCCCUGGACGGACGACUGAAGGACGAGGACACUAACUUGGCCUCGUCCACGAUGCUGCGAAAUGUGGAGAAAGAAGUUAUGGGAAUUCUGGUUUCCUACAAGAUCAAAAUCAACCUGAUGGUGGCCGGUGGAGGCCUGCUGGGAGGACUCACCUCCAGUGAUGUCACAGUGGAGCUGCCACUCCAACUCAUGCACCCCAAACCUACUGAAUAAAGGACUAUCAUCAGUAGAUGAGGUCCAGCUGGAGUUUGAGGAGAAACAGACACAAUGACAGGAAGAUGACCAGGGCGACAGGAGGAACAAGGAGAAGAGGAACGUCUUUAUCUUUAAUGUAACGACGGUUUUGUUGUCAAAUAAAUGUAAUUUAGUGAUAAAAGGGGGAAAUAGGCUGCACAGUAGUGUUGGAGUUUUUAUGACCAAAGAUUAGUGUAGAAAUACACAAACACACACAUAUUUACUGUGUACUAGAGAAGAAAAAAACAACUCAACUCUCAUUAGAUCACAUUAGAUUGUGAGUGAGGGAUGAUGGGAAACCUGUGUAAAGGCCAUACGUCAUUGUGUUGGAAAGUAAUGGGACACAUUUGUCUGAUAAUAUGAAUGGUUCUUUUUUUUUCCUUUGUGUAAAAUGUGUUUUUGACAAACAAAGUCAAAUUAUCCAGAACACAAUAAAACAAUUUAAACUCA